AUGAAACAAAAUACAACGUUUGGGGAUAAUCAAAUGCAUUCAAUAAAUGGAACUGGAGAUAUAAACUAUAAUCAAACAAAUAAUUCAAACCAAGGUCAAAACUACUAAGGACCUUAGUUGACUUUCGAUAAGAACUAUCUUUGCAUGCAAGUAGAUACUGGAGGAGUAGCUCAAGAUAAAGUUGUUGUUACAAAUGUUGGAACGACAACCGUUACUUACGAUUGGAAGAAGGUACUUAGACCAGAUCACAUUCAAUCUAAGAACUCUGAUGGUGUGUAAAGAUUCUACUGCCACUAUCCAAGAAGUAUUUUGAAGCCAGGAGAGAGCAAGACUUUCAUAUUUUCAUUCAGAUCUGACUCAAAGCCAGGAAUAUUCUUUGAAGAAUGGGAACUGCUCUCAGAUCCCUCACUUCUAUAGCCUCUGCCUCUUAUCAAUCUAAGUGGCAUUGCAAUUAAAAGAGAUGAACAUGUAGCUAAAAGACUAGAACUUAUCAAAGAUAGAGAAAGUUUGGUCUAACAAAAGCUUAUAGAAGAAGUGCUGCAAUAAGAUCUCUUGGAUAAAAUUGAAUCUCCCGAAGUCCCUCCUCCUAAUCUGAGAGAGCCUGAGAUAUUCAAGCAAUACUUUGAAUCUAGCAACAAGCACUUAGGGCUCUAUUACACUCAAGGAAUAAUGAACUAAUUAUUUGAACUAUUAGAGGAUAUCUAGGCAAGAAUUAAUGAUGGGAUUGAUCAUAUUUCCCAUUGGAGAGGCAAAAUUGAAUACUUGGAAGAUUUAAUAUAGCAAGUUCCUAACAGAUAUUCUAGAUAGACUCUUAAGGAGAGAUAUAUCAGAUUACUGUCUAAUGCAAGGAAAGUGCCUAUCGACAGAGCUUAGUCUUAUUAAGUAUUCAAAAAGGCUUUGCUUGAUUUAAGCGAAAAUGUUGUUGAACUCGAAUCAAAGGGCAGAGAUGAAUUAUAGAUGAUUGAAAAUCUUGGCUUUGUUGUUCCACAUGAAAAUUAGACUGAAGAAGAAGCUAAAAAGCAAGUUGAUGAGUAAAAGCUAAAGAAAGCAGAUUGGAUAAAGAAAACUAAGAGAAAGCCUAAGACUGAAGAAGAGGAAAGUGCUGAAACAGAGGAACUUAAGCAAAAGAUAUCUACAGGUCUUAAAUCUGAUUUAAUGCAAAAUAGAGUAGAAAAAUCUGAAUAAGAGAUAGACUAUGUGAAGACUAAGUGGCUCUUUGACAAUCACACUAAAAUGGAUGAAAUUCAGUAUGAUGAACUUCACAGACUUGAGUCAAUACUUGACAUUGAUAUCAGUGGCAAAGACCUUAUCAUGAGACUUGACUUAGAUGUACCAUUAUCACCAUAUGUUCCUCCCUAAGCCUUGUCUACUAAUCCAACUCUUGAUGAGCAUAACAAAUCUCAAUUUAAUACUAAGCACAAGAAGACUUCUCAACAAUAGCAACAAGAUGCGCUUUUAUAGCAAUAACUACUUUAAUCAUAAUAAGAGGAGCCUUGGAAAAAGAGAGAUAUCCUCGACCAUACUUUGAUUAAGAAGGCUACCAAUGGAAUCAGAUAUGCGAUUGAGCAUCUAGCCAAUAGAACCUUUAUUGUAGGUAAUCUAGGAGAAAAAUGUGGAAAGAUAAAGCAAGAAAACUCAAUGAAGGUUGUAUUUAAUGUUCUUUAGCAAUAGUUAAUAGAGCAAACUAUGAUUUUUAUCCCUGAUGCAAUUAUUCCAAAUUUUGAACAUAGAAAGGAGAAUGAGGAGUUCCCUGAGACUACCACAUUCCUUCUUGAAAAUCUGAACUUUAAACCUGAUGAAUUCGGCUAUGUUGAGCCUGAGAAGCCACCUGAAGAGCCAAAGCCAAGUGAAGAGGAGCUUAAGAAAGAGGAGGAGCUUAAACAGUAGCAAUUAGCAGCUUAGUAAAAAGGAGCAGCAGGUAAACAGCCACCUGCAAAGGCCCCACCUGUCGACAAGAAAAAAGCUGAAGAAGAAGCGAAAAAGAAACAAGAAGAAGAGGCAGCCUUAAAGAAAAAGCAAGAACAGCAAACAGCGGAGAAGUCAAUGACUGAAGAGGAGAGACUUGAGAUGCAAAGAAUUAAAGAGGAGGCUGAAAGAAAGAAAAGAGAAAUGGAGUAUUUCGAUUAUAAGACUAUUCACAGGUACAAAGAACAUCUUGGCAAGUAUGGAGAUAUCUAUGUCAACGAUGCCCCUUUAAUGACAUUAACUAAUAGCAACUCAAUAGCUGAGAUUAAAUGCAGAAGAAGGGUUAUGGGAGUAAGAAUGACUGAAGAGAUAAGAAAGUUAAGUUUAUUUUUCUUGAAAAAACAUCCUUCAGAGUUAAAAUCUAGAUGGUAUACUCCACCUACUAUUAUGCCUUAUCAUCAAUACAAAUUGACCACUAUGGUUGGAGGAGUUUUAAAGAAUGGGAUGGAAUUAUUAGAUAAAGUUCUGCUUAUUAACUCGUUAACUGACACUGCUGUCAAUAUUUAACUAUAUGGAGAAGUGGGUCUAGCUGCUCUCUAUGCUUUAGGAAUCAAUGUGGGUAGAGUCGAUAGAACUCAUGAUAAUGAAAGAGACUAUGAAAAAACGAAAGACUUCUUUAAGAGUAUUUUCAAAAGAGUAGUAAUGAGCAAUGGAAAGAUUAAGAUCGACUUCCCAUUAGAUUUUCUUGUAUCUCAAAAAAUAGAGAUUGACGAUGUUAUUUCUUAGCAUGAAGAUCCUAUUAAUAUAUCUCACCAUUCUUAGACUAACUAAGGCACAAGAAAUAACAAUGAAAAGACAAAUCAAAGUAAGCAGUUAAAUCAAACUGUUGAUGAUGAAAUGACUCGCAAGAGUGGAUAGCCAUAUGGAGGUCAUUAACAGUAGCAAUUGUAAUGGAGACCUUAUCAUUGGGCAGACAAGAUUAUAAAUCAAAAUAAGCAUAGAUACGUUAAUCUAGAAAGAUUAGUUCAUGCUUAAUGGUCUGAAUUUGCAAAUCAAUUUUAUGAUGAGUACAAAUCACAGAAUCCAGAUAUGGAGAGAUGGAAUUUUGAUGAAUUCUAAUAUCGUGAGCCCAUAAACAGAGAACAGUAUGAAAAUAUGUUUGAGCCUAUAUAGCAAGAUGAAUAUGUCCUUGAGUUUGGUCCCUUGACUAGACAGUAGGUUCAAAGAGAGAUCGAGGCUUCAUUCAAAUUGUUCUGGGAUGGAUCGAUAUCUCCUUUCAAGGAUGCGGUUUUAGCAAGUGAGACUAACAAGAUCAUCGUUUAGAAACUUCUUGACUUAAGACUAAGAACUGCUAAUGAUGAAGAACCUCCUAUCACUCUGUUGCAUGGUAGUGAAACUGAAACAGUCAUUCGACACUCUUUAAUGAGAUUAAGAGUAGAAUAGUAAGAAGCCUUAGAAGCUGCAAAGAGAAAGGCAGCAAUGGAAGGAGAAGAGAUCGAUGAGGAAGAAGACCAAAUUACUAUGACAUAAGAUGAGAGCAAGGAAGAAGCAUCUACCAUCUAGCAAGAUAUGGGUCAGAUCGCAGAUUUCUUCUGCUUCGAAGUCCCUCAAUUUACUCUUAAGAUUUUACAAGGAGUACCAAACAAAAGUCUUUAUAACUUAGACCAGCAUCCUAAGAGAACCAAAGAGCAAGAAGAAGAAGAUUUGGCAUUAUUAGAUGAAAUUUGA